UCUGUAUGUGAAAACAGGUUGUAUCUCUCCCAAACUGAAAUGUAUAAAAAUUCAACACUCUAAAUCAGGUCAUUGUGGACUUUGUGCACAACUGUAAUGGUGCUGUCAAUCUGUUAGCUUCUAUUAAUGAUUACCUCCCGAAUCUGAGUAGAUUCCAUUCCGACGACACAUUCAUGAACGAGACACUCGUAUCAGAGAGAACCAAGGUGGCUGUUCCUGUAGAAGACCUGUUAAAGACGACACAGUUAUUGAACAGCCAAAGACGUCUACCACAUCACCCCGUAAGCAAGAUGCAUCAGUGCAGACCAUGGAGCAGUCAACCGAUGAGAAGUUACACGAAGGACAACAACCCAACACACCUCCAGGCUGUGUAAGGGCUAUAUGAAGGAGUGGGAUGGAGUGCUGCAUCGGAUGACCUGGCCUCCACAAUCACCCGACCUCAACCCAAUUGAGAUGGUUUGGGGUGAGUUGGACCACAGAGUGAAGGAAAAGCAGUCAACAAGUGUUCAGCUGGAUGUAACUCUGGAUGUGGACACAGCUCAUCCUAACCUACUGAUAGAUGGGAAAACAGUAAGCUGGAUAAAGGAAACACCACAGAGACUGUGUAGUGAGAAGAUGUUUGAUGAGGAUCCCUAUGUGCUGGGCAUUAUGGGCCGUGCUUGGAGGGCCUACUGGAAGGUGAAUGUGGAGAAGAAGGAUGACUGGGUACUUGGUGUUACCAAGGCAACAUCUAACAGGAAGGGACAAUUGGUUCUCAGCCCUGCCAAUGGCUUCUGCGUAAUCAGGCUGUCCAAUAGGGGAAGACUGAAAGCCAUGGAUGAUAAGGAGCAUGUUCUUGACAGGGACAAAGAUAUUCCAGAUGAAAUUGGGAUCUAUCUAGAUUAUAAGGAAAGGAAGGUGACUUUCUACAAUGUAGAAGACAGCUCACUCAUCUACUCAUUUACCAACGGACCAAGUUAUGAGGAUGAGGUCCACCCACUUUUCUCACCCUGGAACAAUGAUGCAGAUCCAAUCAGAAUAUUGUCCAUUGAAACUAAACAAUCUGAAUCAUCUAAAGCAUGAAGGAUCACCUCUGCAUCAAUCAAUAGGGUACUUGUGAUGGAGAGGUAAACUUGACUGGUCUUAACUACACUAAUGAUGAUUAAUAUGCCAUACAUGAAUAGGAGUAAUUGUCACUACAGUAAUAUUUAGGCAUUUGCUUUAUGGAUAUAACUGUAUGAUUCUUUGUGCUGCUCAUCAAAAUGUGUCUCUUCGUCACAUCUAAAAAAUAAUUGCAGACGCUCCUAUCCAGAGUGACUUACAGUACUGAGUGCAUAUAAUUUUAUACGUUUUUUAACUGGUCCCCUUUGUGAAUCAGACCCACAACCCUGGCAUUGCAAUCACCAUGCUCUACCAACUGAGCCACACAGGACCAGCAAGGAAUUGACUUUAUAUUCUUCCUCCUCAUAAAAUGGACAGCUAUUUCAGUCAUAUUUUUUCCAAACCACACGGAUGUUAUAAAUACAAAUCAUAGUGAACAGGUCAUGUUACGCCUCCCUUCAUGCACAUUUACUGCACGCUGUAUUGAUUUGUGAAGAAGAAAAUAUUGCUUUUAAGACUUGGAUGUGUAUCAGUUCAUGUCUUGGGAUCAUGAGGAUCAAUCAGUUUAUGCCAGCUCUUACAUAACAAAGUAUGUAUAUGGAAGGUUUGUAAUAAGCUAUAAUAAGUAACCUUGUACAAGCCAGAAAGGCUCAUAGAAGCAGGAGCCUAUCUCCUGUUUCUGUAGCGAAAAGCAGCAUGAGUCUAUCGCAGGGCCUUGCCCCAAAUGCAUCUCCUUGAUGCUGAUAGCCAAGUAGAGACGCAUCAUGUCUCAUUUUAAAAGCCUUUGGUAGGACUUGGUCGGGUAUCAAACCACAAGAUUAGCCAUAGGUAAGCACAAAUUAUAAUGUCAAGACUGCUGUUCUGCGAUCUAAUACAUAUUUUAAAAAUACAUUUGAAGACAGUGUCACACCCUGAUCUGUUUCACCUGUCCUCAUUAAUGGGUCGGCAGGGUAGCUAGUGGUUAGAGCGUUGGACUUGUAACCAAAAGGUUGCAAGUUCAAAUCCCCGUGCUGACAAGGUACAAAUCUUUCAUUCUGCCCCUGAACAGGCAGUUAACCCUAGGCUGUCAUUGAAAAUAAGAAUUUAUUCUUAACUCACUUGCCUGGUAAAAUAAAAAUCUCUCCACCCCCUCCAGGUGUCACUUGCUUUUUCCAGUCUAUUUAUCCCUGUGUUUCCUGUCCCUCUGUACAAGUGUAUUUAUCCCUGUGUUUCCUGUCUCUCUGUGAAAGUUCGUCUUGUAUGUUCCAUGUCAACCAGCGUUUUUUUCCCCGUACUCCUGCCUUUGCUAUUCUCCUUUUUCUAGUCCUCCUGGUUUUGACUGUUCUGGACUCUGUACCCGCCUGCCUGACCAUUCUGCCUGCAUUGACCACGAGCCUGUCUGCUGCUCUGUACCUCCUGGACUCUGAACUGGUUUUGACUUUUUGCCUGUCCACGACCAUUCUCUUGCCUACUUCUUUUUGGUUUAUUAAACAUCUUAAACUCCAA